AUGACGUUCGUCGACUCGCGUCAAUCCGCCUAUUCGAGCUACGCCAUAGUGCCUCCGCCACGCACUCCUGUCGGCCCCAGCAUGUUGAUGAGCUCCAGCAAAGCUCGGAACAGCCUUGACAACUGGCACAAGGCCGAGGACCGGGCCGGAGUCACUUACUACUGGAACACCAAUGGGAACGGUAGCUCGACGUCUCCUGCACACAAGAAACAGCCUUUCUCUACCGAGAAAAAGACUCCAGGCCGAGACAAACGACUUGUGCCUCCUUUCCCCAUUUCUGCCACCAUUUCUAUCCCAGAAAUGUCGCCGUCGCCGCGGAUUCAUCAGAGCGUGCCCAUAAUGCCGCGGGCGCGACUACUCCAUUCGCGAUCGACGCCAGGAGUCUCGCAGAACGGAGUGACUUCCUCCUGGGUGAACGUAUCGCACUCUUCUUCGACCACCGUCUCCAAUGGCAAGGACUCGUGGUACGAGGUGCAUCCGCCAAGCGAUAUCGCGCAGCCGCCCAACAAUAAGACUUACGAAGCUGCUCGAGUCGUCCCCACAAACAUAACGCCAUUUUCAUCAUCUUGUGAGUGCCGAGGGGGACUUCUGUUUCUAGUUUGGGGAUUUUAGCUCAGUGAUUCUGAAGCCGUACUGAUUAAUAUUUUGGAUUCUUUAUUGCUAAAUCAAAUUUUUUUACACAGAUCAAGUGUAUACAUUGGUGAAAGUUGAAAUGUAAAAAAAUAGUUGAGUUCUUCGAAUUUUCACUAUAAAGUUAUUCUUUGGAUUCUUCAACAAAAGUCAAAUUUUUAUCCUGCAUUUUUCUAUCAUAUGUCAAGCAUUGAACUUUCAGCUGAAAAAAAGAGAUCUGGUCGACGGAAACCUCGCUGGGGCAGAUGCAUGCAGACUCUACUGUGCUGCGUGACCGCGCCUCGUGAAAUUGGUCUGUUUUUUUUUUUGCACGUUUUUCAUCACUUGCUUUUUUAUGUCCCUUUUGCGGUUUUUUUUCCCGAGUUGUGAGAAUUACUAAAGAUUUUCUAUUAUUUUUUCUUUCUCAGAAAUGUUUCUGGACCAAAAUAUGUUUGUCCGCCAUAACCUGGUAAUUUUGAACCUUUCCGAAUCAGAGAAAACCUAGCAAAAAGAAAAAAAAAAGCCAUUAUUUGUCGUUUGAAAUUGAUCGCUCGCCGUGUCGCCACGUGUGAGCCAACCGGAAUGACAGCUGAAUCUCUUCAAAAUUUUUUUGUUUGUUCCCGCAAACUUUUUUGCGGCGAAGCGAUCAGAGCGGCAACAAGAUAUGUCGAAAUUAUCGUUAUAAAUUACUCUAACCAGAGAAUGAUAUCCGGUCGCAGUGGAACCUCUCAAUGAGACCAAGUUUUCUAGAUGUAGUUUUUUACGCUGAUCUUGAAUCUGGUCUCAAAAACUGCCAAGGAGCUCUGUGAAAAUUGUUAUGGUAAUAACACGUGCGAAUUCGCUUUCAACUGUAAAUCAUGCUUUUAACAUGAUAAUUUGUCAGCUAGUUAUCCCAGUUCUUUCACUUUUUUCGAAAGGAACAAGUAGAAUAUAAUAAAACCUUUUUAGGACAUAGUCAAUUUUUGCCGACUUGAAAAGCUAUAUGGGUAGAUUGGCAAGGGUGAAGCGUUGCGUGUGCGACGCGGCUUUUGACGGCAGACUCGAGGUCGAAUGUAAUCAUAGAAAAACGUUGAAAAAAAUGAUAAUUUUUUUCAAGAUUAUGUUUACACUUUUAUUCGUUCAAGUGAUCCUUAUCAAAACCAUAAAAAAUUGAAAUUUAUUGAAAGUCGAAAAAGGAGAAAGAAGAUGGCUCGUGUUUGACCUCGAGCUUCGCGCCGAAAAGCCGCGCCGCACACGCAACGCUUCACCCUUGACAACUAACUAUCUCGCUAUUGAAGUAGGGAAGCUUGUACUAUAAUGCUGAAAACUUUUGUCAUUUGAUUCGAUAGAUAUCAAAAGAAACAUCGUGAAAGUUGAUUCCAGAGAAACCUUCAAACGGACGAGACUUGGCUACAGCGGCGAGUGUCGCCAACGCGACCGCGUCGCCGAUAACGCAGGUUCACCGCGACGGAUCCGUCUCCGGUCUUCCCAACGGCUCUCCUCCCGCCGCUCAGAACAUCUACGUGAAUGGGACUACGGUCGACCAGCCAUCACCUGCCAUUCCGCCACCAAUUUUGGUGAGUUUCCUGGUGAUUUGACACUGUGAGCCAGUUUUUCGACGAACCGCCUUCAUCUCGCAAAAUUAUAUCUGCUUUGAGCUCGGAUCUCUGGUGCCAAACUGACCAAAAUAAAAGAAACAAUUGACCAUGGAAGAAAUUCAAAUGAUAGUAGAAGUCAACUAAUCUUCACCACUACUUUUUAUCAGAAGAAAAGGGUCUCAAAAAAAGGGGGUGGCCAUAAGAAGGAAUGAAAAAAGGAGCAACUUUUAACUUUUCAUCUUUUUUCAAUAUCGAAAUUUCAAGUUUUCCCGCUCAUAUCUUCUCCUCUGUUUCCACCGGCUUGAUAAAUAAAAGCUUCUUGUUGCUUCUGGUUCUUGUGGGAUCUGAAUUUCGUGUUCCCGAUUCAAGAAGAACGCCGGAGAUUCUUCCCUUGCUGUAUCGUGUUACACUCGACCGCUUUUCCGGCUCACUUCUCUCCAGUGAUAUUUUGAGUGAGAGCAAGACAAUCGACCUGCGAGAAAAAGUUUCGAAUUCUGCUGCGUGGGGUUGCGUCAUGUGUUACUGCUCCACUUUUUCCUCUCGUGAACCACAUUCCGUUGGAAAAAUCGGUUCGCUCUGCUCAUUUUCUCCGCUUCCAGAUCAUUUUUCAUUUUUUCGUUUGAGCGUUUUGAAUGUUAAUUUGUUUUUCUCAAUGAUAGGAAGUAUAGUGCGCUCCGCGCAAGACGGUCAUCUUUCAAAAAGAACAGAAAAGAAAAAGCCACUGUAGAUACAAACUUUCGCUCGACGAAACUGCUAAAAGGACAGCAAAAAAAAAAGUCUUGAAGCGAAGAUUCUCAAUUUUGAUCUAAUUUGGUACUCAGCCUUUUUUGGCGGAAGAAAGACGUGAGAAGCUGGCGCGGAAAGAGCUAUAUGUACUUUUGUCGAAUUUCCUUCUCAAUUUGGAUAUUUUCUCGUUGUUGAAGCGUUUGAGGGCUUUUCAGCCAGAAAUGAGCGAAUCUUAGGGUAAAUGCGGGACCGGUCGCCCCAACAGAAGACGUUCACCGAAGAGUUGGACGACCGCGAGGCGUUGCUGGCUUUCGAAUGGAAGCCUGGCAGGACGCCGUCCGCUUUUGAGAUUUUCCGCUUUUUGCUCGUUGAUAAAAAGGUCCUUUUCCAGAAAAAAGGUUGCUCGGCAUGAUUUAGGAAGAAGAGAGAAAUUAAAGAAUAUAAAAAGAAAAGAAAGAGAAUGAUGAUUUUUCGAGAGAAAAUGAUCCGAGGUCAAAGGUAGAGAAAAAUACAGUUUCGAUAGAAUGAGCCGAAUUUUUGAUUUUUUUUAUUGGGUUCGGAAGAAACAAUAUUUACGCGUCGAUCUGAUAGACGUAAGGCAUUUGGGUUUAAAACAUUAUUUUAUGAAAUUGAUAGUAUUCUCGAAAAUGGUUAAGUUUUUGAGGAGCACUUUGUAUUCCACAGAAUUAUUAUUUACAUUACAGGCCGGUGGGGAAAGAUCUCUGCUUGCGCCGUUGCGGCCGGCGGAUUCCAAGAAGAAAUGCCUGAUUAUCGAUCUUGAUGAAACUCUCGUCCACUCUUCCUUCAAAGUAAGGCUUUGUUUUGUAUCACAUGUUUUAUGUCAUAUUUGUAUUUGAUGAAAAAUUCUCGAUUUCAGCCCGUGAAGAAUCCGGACUUUGUGAUUCCGGUGGAGAUUGAUGGAAUCGAGCACCAGGUCUACGUUCUCAAAAGACCCUACGUCGACGAGUUUCUGGCCAAAGUCGGCGAGAAGUUCGAGUGUGUGCUGUUCACAGCCUCUUUAGCAAAGGUUCAUCAGAAAUAUUAGUUCACUUCUGAUUUUUGCGGCUUACAGUAUGCUGAUCCAGUCGCCAAUUUGCUCGACAAACGUGGCGUUUUCCGAGCUCGUCUGUUCCGAGAGGCGUGUGCUUAUCACAAGGGAAACUAUGUGAAGGUACAUUUUUUCUCGCCCUCUUUCUGUUGUUCUUUCUCUCUUGUUCCCUUCAAUAACUUUGUUUUUCAGGAUCUGAGUCGAUUAGGACGUGACCUCAACAAAGUUCUCAUCAUUGAUAACUCCCCAGCUAGUUAUGCCUUCCAUCCUGAAAAUGCGGUUUGUUUUCAAGAUUGAAUAUAUAUGAGAAGCCAGAGCUCUCAGGAUCGGGUUUUUUGCAGAUCCCCGUGCAGACUUGGUUCGAUGACCCGACUGACUCGGAGUUGUUGGAAAUCUUGCCGAUGCUCGAACACAUCGACAAGGUAAUUGUUUUCUUCUAAACGUUUGGAAUGAAUUUCGUAAAUGUAAAGCCCCUCCCCCGCCCCCUCGAAAUGGUAGCUUUCAUUUCAAAGCUUCCGCCUAGAGCACGGUCUCCUGGCCUCAGCUACAACAUUCGCUACAUUCUGAUCUCGUCAAGACGCAACUGAAUGAACUUCGCGAGGAAGAACGGGGCGAAGGACCGUAAGAAUUCGCAUCAACGCUCCCGACUACACAUUCAGGAAAUCUACUUAGCCAAAGGCGGUUGUUUGAUAUGGCUCAAGGAGCCCUUGUUCACCGCCUAGUUAAUCAAAUCUAUGACUAAAUCCACAAAAUUAUUGAUUGAUUGAAAAUAAAUUUCAGUUUGAAAGCGUUUACGAGGCGCUGAGACACGAAGAUUCGCCAACGUCGGAUCCUCUGUUGAAUCAUUCGUCUUUUUGA